CACGGUGGAGGGAUCAUCUACGGAGAACGCACAGAGUAAUAAGCUGGCCGUGACCGUGGCAGUGGGAACGGGUGCCCGUGAGCUGCGGGCGGACGCAGACGACGACGUACGGCCCCGCAUCCUCCCCAUGACGGCGAGACGAGAGGAGAGGAUGAACUGCUGGCGGAGUGAUUACUUGGAUUCUCAGCUGGGGCCUAGCUAGCUAGACGAGACGGCCGGGGUAGUAGUAGUAGCAGCGAUGAGCUGCGUGCCAGUGUGUUUGUGUGUGCAGUGCGGGAUGGGGAGCAGUAGGAGUAGGUUGGUCGCUGGUCUCGGGUUUUAAUGCGGGAAUUCCACUGCAAUGAAGGAGCAAAAUUGACAGCCGACGCGGCGGGGACGCAAGCGCACGCACCACCACAUACAUACACCGUCGAUCGAUCAUCACCCCCCCUCCCUUCGCCCGGCUCCCGCAAGCCUGCUUCGCUUGCUUCCCUUUCCCGCGCCGCAGCAGCACAGCACAGAGCAGCAAGAGCGAGCGUCGCUCGCUUGCUUCACUAGCUAGUAACAAAUCUAUGAUGAGAGGGACGGCGUGCUCGGAGCUCGGAAGCAAAAUAAGCUUAGGUAGAUAGCUAGCCAGCUACGGAGAUGCGGGGCGCGGCGCUGCUUCUGGCCGCCGUGUUGCUGCACGCGGCGGCCGCGACCGGCGAAGGCAACGGGAGCUGCGUGCGGAGCUGCGGGGCCAUGACGCUGCCGUACCCGUUCGGCUUCUCCAGCGGCUGCACGAUACGCCUCAGCUGCGACGUCGGCAUCGACGGCGUCGGCGCCGCGUGGCUCGGCGGCGCGCGGGAGCUGGGCUUGCUCGUGCGCAACGUCACGCCGCGCGCGCUCAUCCUCAACCUGCAUCCCGACUGCUCUCGGUCGUUCAAUGCGUCCAUCGAGGCGCUCUUCUCCGACAGCUACGCGCCCGCCUCGGGGAACACGCUCGUCGUCAGCUCCUGCAGCAGCUCCGAGGCCGACCACAUCAAAAACUGCAGCAGCGAGCCGCCGGACCCCUACAUGGACAUGCCCUCGUCCCACUGCACCGCCAACGAGUCCAUCCGCUGCAUCCUGCCUCAACGUCCCAGCAACGCCAGCGGCCUUCCUCUUCGUACAAACAACACCAUCGGCCACCAUCUUCUCAACAGAAGCGAGAUUCUCAGGUACAACUGCACCGGGCUGGUGUCGGCGGUGAGCUACUCCGAAGCGCAGGGGCCGUCGCUGCUGCUCGGCGCGCUGGAGCUGGACUGGUGGGUGCCGGGGCGUUGCCAGUGCGACCGCAGAGCCAACUGCACCCAGUUCCCGGCGACAAAGACGCGGCCGGAAGGGUUCCAGUGCGACUGCCCAGAGGGACUCCAUGGCGACGGCUUCGUCGACGGCACCGGUUGCCGGGAAGUUUCCAAGUCCAAGUGCAACCCCUCAAAAUACCUAUCAAGAGAUUGUGGCAAGAUCAUCCUCGUUGCUCUUAUAAUGGCAGGAAUAAUUUUUGGAGCCAUGGUGAUGGGCAUCAGCUGCGUGGUGUGCCACAUUCUAAAGCGCCGUUCGGCGUCCAUCCGGUCGCAGCAGAGCACGAAGCGGCUCCUGUCGGAGGCGGACUGCGCGGUGCCACUCUACUCGUACCGCGAGAUCGAGCGCGCCACCAGCGGCUUCUCCGAGGACCAUCGGCUCGGCACGGGCGCCUACGGCACGGUCUACGCGGGCCGCCUCAGCGACAAUCGCCUGGUGGCCGUGAAGCGGAUCAAGCACCGCGACAACGCCGACGGCGGCCUGGACUCCGUCAUGAACGAGGUGAAGCUGGUCUCCUCGGUGAGCCACCGCCACCUGGUCCGCCUCCUGGGCUGCUGCAUCGAGCAGGGCCAGCAGAUCCUGGUCUACGAGUUCAUGCCCAACGGCACGCUGGCGCAGCACCUGCAGCGGGAGCGCGGCCGGCCCGCCGUGCCGUGGACGGUGCGCCUCCGCAUGGCCGCCGAGACGGCCAAGGCCAUCGCGUACCUGCACUCGGAUGUGCACCCGCCCAUCUACCACCGCGACAUCAAGUCCAGCAACAUCCUGCUGGACCACGAGUACAACUCCAAGGUGGCCGACUUCGGGCUGUCGCGGAUGGGCAUGACCUCCGUCGACUCGUCGCACAUCUCCACGGCGCCGCAGGGCACCCCGGGCUACGUGGACCCGCAGUACCACCAGAACUUCCACCUCUCCGACAAGAGCGACGUGUACAGCUUCGGCGUGGUGCUGGUGGAGAUCAUCACGGCCAUGAAGGCCGUCGACUUCAGCCGGGGCCCCAGCGAGGUCAACCUGGCGCAGCUCGCCGUCGAGAAGAUCGCCAGGGGCUGCGUGGACGACAUCGUCGACCCUUUCCUGGACCUGCACCGGGACGCGUGGACCCUCACGUCCAUCCACAAGGUGGCGGAGCUGGCGUUCAGGUGCCUGGCGUUCCACAGCGAGAUCAGGCCGUCCAUGGCCGAGGUCGCCGACGAGCUGGAGCAGAUACAGGUCAGCGGGUGGGCGCCGUCGACGGACGACGCCGCGUUCAUGUCGACCACGUCGUCGCUCUGCUCGUCGGCGCCGUCGCGCGGCACGGACAAGUCGUUGGGGCCGGAGAAAAGCAGGGGCGAGGCAUUGUCGACGUCUGCCCCGACGAUGGCGGUGGCAGCGCGGGAAACGGAGAAGGGCGCGGUGGGGUCCUCCCCUGUGUCCGUCCAGGAGAGGUGGUUCAGCGACAGGAGCUCCCCUUCCUCCAAUAGCCUGCUCGGGAACUGUAGCUCGCUUCACUGAACUCAACUGAAACAUGGCAUGACAUGCUCCUCCUGACAUCCAUGCCAUCCUUGUUAGUUUAGCUGUAAUUUUUCUUAUUUUUUGCGAAGAAUCACAGGGUUUUAUUUCAAAAUAACACACCUACAAUCUUGGGCGACUAAAGGGGAUGUCCCAGCCAACCUGCUGUGCUAUCCCCUCCUAUCAUAGUUCGUCACAAAAUCUGUAACUCUUUUGUUCACGGGAAAUCUUAACUGGAAUAACAACCCUAUCAUUCAAGUAACUUUUAA